CCUGCUGGCAUGUUGCAUGCUCCUUUUUUUGAAGCUGGACAACCACAAGCUUGGAAGUAUGGUGCCUUUGGAACACAAUUGGCAGCACAGAUGUUUCAAGCCUUUAAUGUGAAAGGUCUGCAGUACCAAGAAUAUGGUCAGCUAGAGAAAUGGAUGUCUAAUUCUUCUAUGAAAAUAUUCCAAGAUCGGGUGAAAUGUUUAAAGAACCAAAUGUCUAAGCCAUCAAACAAGAUUAAAAAGCUAAACCCUACAUUAUGGGGUGAUGAAGUACUGACUGAUGUUGGUGGUGUGAAGCUUGCUUUCCAGGUAACCAAUCCAGGUUUAUUAUUUCUUACAUUAAGGUAUGUUGUCACCUGUUACACAUCCAAUAUUAUUUUCUUGUGGACAUCUACCUUUACUACAUCAGGAAAUUUCUUGACAAAUUUUAACUGUUUCCUGUUUUUACUAUAAUAACUUCAAGAUAUGCAAUAGUGUUUUGUGCUUUUACUGUAGUAACUCCAAGAUAAACACUCUUUCCUGCUUCUAUUGUAGUAACUCCAAGAUAAACAGUGCUGUUUCCAGCUUCUAUUGUAUUAAGUCCAAGAUAAACAAUACUCUUUCCUGCUUCUACUGUAGUAACUCCAAGAUAAACAGUACUGUUUCCUGCUUCUUCUGUAGUAGCCCCAUGGUAUUGUUAUUGUUUCCUGCUUCUACUAUUAUAACUCUUAAGAUAAACAAUACUGUUUCCUGCUUCUAUUGUAUUAAGUCCAAGAUAAACAAUAGUCUUUCCUGCUUCUACUGUAGUAACUCCAAGAUAAAUAGUGGUGUUUCCUGCUUCUUCUGUAAUAACUCCAAGAUAAACAAUACUUUUUCCUUCUAUUACUGUAGUAACUCCGAGACAAACAAUACUGUUUCACGCUUUUACUGUAGUAACUCCAAUAUAAACAAUACUGUUUCCUGUUUCUUAUAUAGUAACUCCAAGAUAAACAAUACCAUUUCCUGCUUCUGUUGUAUUAAGUCCAAGAUAAACAAUACUAUUUCAUGCUUUUACUGUAGUAACUCCAAGAUAAACAAUACUAUUUCCUGCUUCUGUUGUAUUAAGUCCAAGAUAAACAAUACUAUUUCCUUCUUCUGUUGUAUUAAGUCCAAGAUAAACAGUACCAUUUCCUGCUUCUGUUGUAUUAAGU